CACCACAGCUUUGCCCCCCACUGCCUGUGCCUCAAACCUUUCCCCCUCAGUCAAUCCUGAGACCCUGUGCCCUCAGAUACAGCACCUACAAUCUCCAACAAGCACCACUCCCACGCAACAAGAGGAGCAGUAUGUAAGUGAGGAAGCAUCCAAUGUAGACGAUGAGCUUUACAGAGAUGCAGAAACCAUCACGGAUGUGUGUAAUAGCACUGAUCUUCCAGAGGUGGAAAUCAUCAGUUUGCUGGAGGAGCAGCUCCCUCACUAUCAGCUGAGAGCAGACACUAUAUAUGGCUAUGACCACGACGACUGGCUCCACACGCCGCUCCUUUCCCCCGACGUCAACAUCGACCUGACUGUCGAGCAGAUCGAGGAGACCCUCAAAUACUUCCUUCUAUGUGCUGAAAGAGUGGGCCAGAUGACAAAGACAUACAAUGAUAUAGAUGCUGUUACACGUUUGCUUGAAGAGAAAGAACGGGACUUGGAGUUGGCAGCACGCAUUGGUCAGUCCCUGCUGAAGAAAAACAAAACCCUGAGUGAAAGAAAUGAGCUUCUGGAAGAGCAAGUAGAGCACAUACGGGAGGAGGUUUCUCAGCUUCGUCAUGAUCUCUCUAUGAAGGAUGAACUGCUCCAAUUCUACACCAGUGCUGCUGAGGAGAGUGAGGGAGAGUCAGUCACCUCUACCCCGAUCCCACGGAAUGACUCCUCGCUGUCUGUACCAAGUUACUUCCCUCUGGACUCCCUGCAGAAGCAGCUCAAAGACCUGGAGGAAGAGAACAUUGUGCUGCGAUCAGAGGCAUGUCACUUGGAAACUGAGACCAUCUCGUAUGAGGAGAAGGAACAGCAGCUGGUUAAUGACUGUGUGAAAGAGCUCAGGGAUGCUAACCUACAGAUUUCCUCACUUGCGGAGGAGCUGGCGAAGAAAACGGAAGAUGCCUCCAGGCAGCAGGAAGAAAUAACACACCUGCUCUCGCAGAUCGUGGACCUCCAGAAAAAGGUUAAAUGUUAUGCAGUAGAAAAUGAGGAGCUUACACAGCACCUGGGAGCUGCUAAGGAUGCCCAGAGACAGCUCACUGCUGAGCUACGGGAGCUGGAGGAUAAGUAUGCGGAGUGUAUGGAGAUGCUGCAUGAAGCCCAAGAGGAGUUGAAGAACUUCAGGAACAAGACAGUACCUCAAAGCACACCACGCCGCUUUCACUCACUUGGCUUUUUCCCAAUGGACUCCUUAGCUGCUGAAAUUGAAGGGACCAUGAGGAAAGAGAUUCAGAUGUCUGACCCAGAAGUGGAAGAUCAGAGGUUACACCCAAAGCGAGUCUUCCAGACAGUGCGCAACAUCAAUCAGGUGGUUCGCCAGCGCUCCCUCUGCCCCUCUCCCAUGAACAUCCCAGGCUCCAAUCAGACUUCAUCUAUGAGUUCUAGGCACUCCAGCUGUCUGAGUACACCCAGAUCUAGUGUUUACGGGGGAGAAGGGAGUGUCAUGGACAACCGCACGAACAGCAUGAUGCUGGAAAGCCACACUCCACAGGAGUGUUCAGAAGACUCUAACAAGAAGCCUGGUACUCCUGGCGCACCUGGUUCUCACGACCUGGAGGCAGCACUACGACGGCUCUCCCUUCGCCGUGACAACUACCUGAGCGAGCGACGCUUUUUUGAGGAGGAAAGAGAACGCAAGCUGCUGGCACUAGCCGAGGAGAAAAGAGAGCCAUGUGGAGACAGUGAUGGAGAAGGAGGAAGCUCACUCCCACAUGCAGACAGCAUCCUAUCUCUGGGCACUCUGCACUCAGUCUACUCUGUGUACAGCAGUCGCUCCUACCUGCCUGAGAAGCUGCAGAUCGUCAAGCCUUUGGAAGGAUCAGCGACUCUACAUGCAUGGCAGCAGCUGGCCCAGCCCAACCUCGGUGGCAUUCUGGACACUCGGCCAGGGGUAGUGACCAAGGGCUUCCGCCAUCUCCCACUUGACCUUGAGGAGGUCUACAAGUUCACAGACUUGGAGGAAGAUGAGUCAGGAGAGCAUCUGAACUCUCAGCCCCCUCUGUCUGCUUCAGGCCUGGGCUCGCUGCCCUGUUCACCGAGCUCCAACCUCCAUCGGCAGGAGCAGCAGCACCGAGGAGAGAGACGGGGAGCAGAGCCAGAGCUUCAGGAGAUGGAAGGGGAUGCACGGGAUGAGAAAGAGGAGAUGGCAUCUGUGCAUUUUCCUGGUAAAUGCACAUCUCUCACAAACUCUACCUACACCUUCACUACCUGCCGGAUACUCCACCCCUCCGAUGAGCUGACUAGAGUCACUCCCAGUGUGAUGGCAGCAGGUCCCUCCCUGGCCCCCUGUGUGAAGAGCAUCAGUAGUGUGCACUCUACUCCGGCGUCCACCCCCUGCACGCCACGCCGGCUCAGCCUGGCCGAGAGCUUCACGAACCUGCGGGAGCACACCAAGACCACCAGCACCUCUCUGGGUCUGGUGCGCCUCCUACAGGAGCAUGGGAUUUCCGCAGCUGUCUACAACCCUCACAGCUGGGACCGGGCUGAGAACAACCCUAAUAAAUCGCAGUCUUUUUCAAGAACAUUCCCCACUGCCCCAGGCAUAGACACCAUGCCCUCAACACCCCCAAACACCCCUACCCAAUCCAAACUCCGCAGCCCUGUGUUGCCGAUGGACUUCAGCCCUUCUGAUCCUCCUUACGAGAACUUCCUCGCUUCACGACCUGCCAGUUCCAUUCUCAAGGAGAUGCGGGGAGCAGAGGCCAAGCUGUGCACGGAUUCCCAGUGCCAGACAGAGAUGAGCAUACACAAUCUCCGGCUUGUGGACAAGGUGAAAUGCUUCAGCCUCGGCCCAAGAGCAGUGACUCCGGGCCCUGGGCUUGGUUUAGCCAUGCCUUCUUUUGGGACACAACCUGGGCUACCCAGCCCCAUAGCAGGACUGACCGGGAUUCGGCGGAACCGAAGUUAUCCGGUUAUGGUCGGGGCCAGUAUGGCAAUGAAGGGAUUGGGGCCACCUAGUGAAGACUUGCUCCUGCCCCCCAAACCGCCUACACAGGCUUGCCUCAGUGAGGAGUGAGCAUUGCCUCGGUCAAUCGUUCUCUGUAUAUACGUUAAUAAAAUACAUCAUUAUUCUCAUGAUGGCUCAACUGUGCCUGUAAAAGAUUUGUAUAGAUUUUGUACAGCAGCUGUAACUGUAAUACCAUUUUAUUACUAUCAUUUUGUCACACACAGUGCAAUUCUGCCAGAGAGACCACACUGAUUCUUUAACCCCCUACUGUAUAAAUUAUCUAAACUGUACUUCUGCAUUACAAGAAAAUGUAGCAUAAGGCCGGUUUGUAUGCUUUUUUUUUUUUUUUUUGGACUACUUUUGGCAUAACUGUGCUCAAAGACCAUAACCCUGUAACCUUGUGUUUUGGCUAAUGAUCUUCAGCCCAAAGCAUCUCUGGUUGGCUUUUUGUAUGAAAAACUGAAACACUAAUAGCAUCCUUAUGCUAAUCUUAGACACGAGUGUAUUGGUGUCCAGAUAAUGUGACUGAUUUCGACCCUUUCUGUGCUCUCAAAACAAUCUCAUUAAAUUAUUAAUGCCCUUUUUUUUUUUUUUUAAAAAAAAGGCAUAGUUUACUUGCCUACAUCAUUAACCCUGUAAUUGCCUCCAAUAUCCCUACCUGUGUAUCCGCAGCAACUGAAACACCUCAGAUGGUUUGUAUAAUGCAUAUUACAAUGUAAUAAACAUAUGAAUCAAUGGCUCUUCAAAUAGGUGCUGUUGGGAAAUCUCUAGUAGCACAAAAGGGCACACGCUACUGUAACUUAUCUGGGCGUCCAGAGUUGUGGGAAAGAGCUGUAAGGAUGCAGACUGGUUUCAGUCCUUGUUCUGUUGUGUGUUUUGGGGUGGGGAGGGACCAAUGUUAUUUGUGUGUGCAUGUACACUUUUUAAGUAAAUGCAGUCGAUUAACUAGGUAUGAAAUACUCCAAAGGCAGAAUACUUACAACCUCCUGGAUGAUAAAUGUCCAAUUCUUCUGCUAGAAACAGUAUAAUUAUACAGAUGCUUCAUAAGCCUCUGACCAGUAUUAUGUUCCGUUUUAAAGCUGUAAAGUGUGUGUUUUUGGUGAGAGGUCUGUUCUCUCCAAAGACUGAACUGUAUGCUUUAAUUGCAUUGUGUGAGUUUGUCCUUUUGACACCAAUUUUAGUGCCUGAUGUCAGUAAUUUAUUAUUUAACCCUAUUUUGAACGACUUCCAUUCUGGAGACUUUGCCUCAGUAUACAUUGGUGUUUAACACUGUAACUAAAGUGUUGCUGUUACCCUGAUAGGAAGGGUUUUAAUGCAGUUUUGAAUAUAAUAUAUGAAGGAUGUUUUGAUUCUCAAGAAAUGAUUUUGUCUAAAAAGCACAUACAGCCAUACCUGUGGUCUGAACUAUGCCUGUUUUUUGUAAUCAUGUUCUUAGUUGCAUCAAGAGGUUGUCUGUUCGAGGUGUACGCACUUGACCUUGAAACAAACAUGUUUGUGUUGAAUGUAUUGCAGAAGCAUAGGUGUCAUAUGACUCAGUGUCCGUUGCAGUUACUAGUUUUAUUUCCUCAGACCACAUAAAGGGAAGUUUUGCCACUCGUACACUGUAAGUUGUAAAGAUAGAAAUGUUUUUAUACAAAAUGCCAUAAAUCACUGAAUAAAUGGAGAAAUGCGUGUCAAA